GCUAGAUGGCCAUAUUGCGACUCACAAGGUAUUUUAAAUGAGGAAGCAGGGCAGUUAGUUCAGGUGGGUGACAGUGCUGGUAGCUCUUCUCAACAGAUGACAUGAAUCUGUAUAUCUCUGCUGCUCAGCUGUGGGAGAAACUGAAGUCGAAUGAUCUUGCCAAAUACGGAGCAGUUACUGCAGCCACAGCUAUUAGUUUGGUUUUGUUAAGAAGAUGGAUUGCGGGAGGAGUAUGCUACAGUCGCGUGAGACUAGAUGGGAAGACAGUGGUCAUCACAGGUGCCAACACUAGCAUUGGAAAGGAAACAGCACGGGACAUGGCUAAGAGAGGAGCACGAGUUGUGAUGGCAUGUCAAGACCUCACCAGAGCAGAGAAAGCUGCAGCAGAGAUACGCCGCUCCACAGGAAACGGCAACGUGGUGGUGCGGCACUUAGACCUGGCUUCUCUCUUCUCAGUUCGACAGUUUGCACAUGAAUACAUUGCCACGGAAGACCGACUGGACAUACUCAUUAACAAUGCUGGAGUGAUGAUGUGCCCCCAUAGUCUAACAGAAGAUGGGUAUGAAACUCAGUUUGCUGUCAAUCAUUUGGGCCAUUUCCUCCUGACUGUUUUGCUCCUGGAGAUGCUGAAGAAAUCUGUCCCUAGCCGUAUCAUCAAUGUGUCCAGCAUUGCUCACAAAGGAGGAAAGAUCCACUUUGAUGACCUCAGCUUCAAUAAAACACCAUAUGACUCUUUGGUCAGCUACAGGCAGAGCAAACUUGCCAACAUGCUCUUCACACGAGAGCUCUCACGGCGGAUCAAAGGUUCUGGAGUGACAGCAUAUGCCCUACACCCUGGAGUGAUCCGCACUGAGCUGGGAUGCUAUGUAGAGAUGUGUCACCCUAUAGUCAGUGCCCUGCUGUCUGCUCCUGCCUUCCUCGUGUUGAAGACCCCCAAGCAGGGAGCUCAAACUUCCAUCUACUGUGCCAUCACUGAGGGGCUGGAAAAUCACAGUGGCUGCUACUUUAGUGACUGCAAGCUAAAAGAACCAGCACCAGAGGCUAAAGAUGACCUUGCUGCUAUGAGACUAUGGGAUGUGAGUGCUAAGCUGGUGGGCCAUAAAGAAGAGGACUGAUCCCAGGCAGCAUCCUAAUGCAACAAUCUUCCACCACCAGUACAUGCCUACAGCAGAAUUACCAGAGCUCCUGCUGAACACCAGUCUGCUCUGUGCCUGCUUUAUUACUAUUUCCUUACAUGUUUUUAUUAUGCCAGCUUUGUCAAAUUUUACAAAUAGCUAGAAAUGAAAUUUUUUUCCCUAUCAGUAUAUCUGUGUGAUUAGUAUUGAAGCCCAUUCUCACCACGUUGAGGAGAAAUGAGAUAAUGGCAUAUUAUGCCAAAUAAAGGCAGAGUAUCCCAAAAUAAUGACUUACUUUCUUACAAUUUAAUGACUUAUUUUUUCAACAUGGUAUGUUGAAAUUUUAAGUCAGUAUAUUGAGAAAAUACACUAAGUCAAUAUUUUGUGUUAUAAAUAAUAAAUUCAAUAUUUAGCACCUGUUGGUAAUUAAUAUAAUUCUUUACCUUGUGGAAAUGGGUUUCCAUAUCCAUGUAAUUUGCUUAUAAAUGACAUGUACAAUUAGCUUGAGGUAUUGUUAGAUGUCAUUACUGUUUAAAUAAUAGUUGUUUUAGUAUGAAGAAUAUA